AUGAAGCAGCUGUGCAAGCUGUCGUCGCUGGUGCUGGUGGUUGUUUUGCGCUCUCUUCUCUCGCGUGCGUGUGGACCUCUCGGCACCCUUCCUUUGUUUGCAAGCGCCUCGCUGAUCACCAAAGGUGGCAACUCGUUGCCUAGGGUGCAUCAAGAAGUACCCCUGGGGAAAGAAUUGUGCAGCAUCCAGCUAGCCAAGGCUGCACCGGUGGUUCCUCCUGUCGUUACGCUUGAAUCCUCUGCGCCCAAGCCCUCGAGUCCCAUUUUGCGGGACGCCCCCCGCCGAACUGCCUUUGCCACGCCACUAGGAGCUCCUAACAGUCGGCUCUUCUCCUCUUCAAGUUUUGGCAGUCCGGCCUGGAGUAUGCUUACUUCGAGAUGCAUGCGAGGGAACGCUGACCUGACUCAUACAGGACGGGGGGAGCGGCGUGGAUACUUCCACUGGGGGGAAUGCAACGCUUUAUGUGGUGGAAGCGGUGAGGUGAACGUUAAAAAUCAUAUGUACCCAAGGGGGUGCUCUUUGUUUGCAUCUGGCCCUCGGAUUUCGAGGAUUCCACUUUCAACCAAACAACUGAAGAGGGUGCAACGAGAGGAGAUACAGACAGUAGGAGAUUCUCAGGUCAAGAAAGACGCAGCCUUGGAGGACAAGGAAGGACCGGAAAAGCGGCGACAGCGCGUUAAGGAAUGGCGUGUCGUGCUUCACAAUGAUGACAUCCACACAUUUGAAUGCGUCGAAAACGCAAUCACGAAGACACUGCCGCACAUCAGCCGCGCAAGGGCAUACGACAUUGCAUUGCACGCACACACCACCUCAAAAGCAACUAUCAUGCUUACGUGGAAGGAAAAGGCUGGGGAAGUUGCAUUAGCGCUCCAAAAAGAAGGCCUGACGGUAUCAGUUCUACCGGACAGGCUCUUCAACAAGGACAGCGAGUCGGGGAAGGAGUAA